AUACAACACGCACACUUCUUCUUGAUUUUACAACCCCAUCCCUCAUAUCCCUAACCAGUGGCCACCUUUCUUUUAUCUUAUAAAAAAAAUAUACAUAUACAGAAGAUAUAUAUAAUUUUGGGAUCUGGGGUUUUAAUAUUUUGGAUCUUUUUCAAUAAAGUUUGAAUCUUUAUUGAAAAACAAGAGAAGGGUAUUGAUUAGAUUUGGAUUUUAGAUCUGAUUUUCAAUGGGAGCUUUAGAUGAAGGUCAUUAUAAUGUGGUUUUAAAAAAUGGAGUGAAGCUUUGUAGUGAAUUUGAGCAAGAACCAGAAACAGUAUUGUUAGCUAUUGAAGAUGCUGUGAAAGUUUUGUUGGAAGGUUUGGGUGAAGAUAUUGAUAGAGAAGGUAUUAAAAAGACACCUCUUCGUGUUGCUAAAGCCCUUCUUGAUGGAACUCGAGGCUACAAACAAAAUGUAAAAGACAUAGUUCAAGGUGCUUUAUUCCCGGAAGUGGGGGUAGAAAGUGGAAUUGGCCAUGCUGGAGGAGCGGGUGGGCUUGUACUUGUUAGAGAUCUCGAUCUCUUCUCAUACUGUGAGUCCUGCUUACUCCCAUUCCAGGUCAAAUGUCAUGUAGGUUACAUCCCUUCUGGUCAGCGUGUUGUAGGCCUAAGCAAACUCUCUCGGGUAGCCGAGGUCUUUGCUAAACGCCUUCAAGAACCACAACGGUUGGCAGAUGAUAUUUGUCUUGCUUUACAACACGGAAUCAACCCAACAGGUGUUGCUGUUGUCAUCCAGUGCUUUCAUAUUCACUUCCCCAAUUUCCAAUCUGCAUUCCUCGAGUCAAAUCACGAGAGAUGGGUAAAGGUUUUAGUCGGAUCGGGUUCUGGAACUUUUGGAAAUGACGAUUCCGCCGCUUGGGUUGACUUUUUUGGUCUUUUAAGAUGUAGGGACAUAAGCUUAGAUAAUAUCCGUUCAAGAAGCUCCUUCAAAGAUUCUUGGUGCCCUUCACGGCUUCACUCAAAAAUGGGAUCGAUAACUACCACUAUGGAUAGUGCCGUGGCAUCAAUUAUUCGGUCAUUGGGUCAAGACCCGUGUAGAAAAGAACUUGUGGGAACCCCAAAUCGCUUUGUAAAAUGGCUUAUGAACUUUAAAGAUUCAAACUUGGAGAUGAAACUCAAUGGGUUAAGUACCAUUUCCUUGAGAACCGUUGGGCAUAUGAAUUAUAAACAACACAUUAGAUCCGAGGUGAAUCUACCUUUAUGGUCACUUUGUGAACACCAUUUACUGCCAUUUUACGGGGUAGUUCAUAUUGGCUACAUAUCGGGCGGAGAAGUAAACCCUGUGGCGAAAUCUUUACUACAAUCUAUAGUACACUUUCAUGGUUUUAAGCUCCAAGUGCAAGAACGACUCACGAGACAAAUCGCAGAGACCGUUUCACCAUUGCUAGGAGAAGAUAUAAUGGUUAUGGUUGAAGCGAAUCACACUUGUAUGAUCUGUAGAGGCAUUGAAAAGUUUGGAAGUAAUACCGCUACUAUUGCUGAAUUGGGUCGAUUUUCAAACGACCCUGCAGCAAGAUCACAGUUUUAUCAGAUGAUUCCAAGCUAUUCUUUGUAGCAAACUGGAAUGGUGAUCUCAUAUUUUAUUAAAUUCCUACAAUUUUGUUGAUGUUUUCGGUCCUUUUUAUGGUCCUCGAUGGAAUCUAUAGAUCAUGGAAGAAGAAAGCAUCGCCUGUGAAAGAUUGAAAUGGUCUUGGUAUCGGGACCAUUUCUGUUGUGAUCCUCUAUAUUUGUAUCCUUCUUUUCUGGGAAAUUUUUGAAUUUGUAGGAUAGGUGUUUUUGCUUUCAUGGGUGUUACUGUAAGCUAAAAGCUAGAAAAUAUGUCACGAGUUAUACAGGUGGUACUUGUUUGGCUCAUCAUAUGUAUUUUACUUACCUUUUUUUAA